GUGGACUAUUACAGUUCCCUCCUCCCUUUUACAUUUUUUUUUUUUAAUUGAGGCUUUUGUACAUAACUUGCUUCUAAAAAAACUACAGUAACCAGUUUACCCUUUCAAAGUUCAUGCGAGUCAGUCAUCCGCAUUUUUUCUGGAUGAUGUGCGCAGAAAAAUAGGGCGUUGUGGCGACUCCCUCAUUCAUUCGCAGAGAGAAAAAAAAAAUCUCUGUCCUUAAAGACGUAGACGACCUGAAUGUGUUCAUAAACGAGCCGAAAGAGGGAGGGGGGGAAAAGGAAAAACGAAGAAGAGAAAAAUAAGAGCAGGACAUCUCCAACGUGCGCAGAGAGUAAACGGCUCUGCGCAAAGAAGCACAGGCUCCAGAGAGAUAAGCUCACAUUUAAACAUUGGCAAGAGAAGUUUUAAAAGCCAUCCAGGCGUGGGAGUUGUUUGAUCAGUUGCAACUGACCAAGAGUUGCGUUAAGGAGAAGUAGAUUCUCGCGUGGAAACAGGAAAAGCGACGUUUGUGCAUCCAAGAGGAGUUUUUUCUGUUUGUUGUUGUUGUUGUUGUGUGUGGCAGUAGCUCGUGUUUGUGGAGGACAUGGCUAAGUUAUUUCGAGCUGCCAUCAUGGGUCCACCAGGAUCAGGGAAAGGAACGAUUUCCAAGAGGAUUGCGCAAAGCUUUGGCCUACAGUACCUGUCCAGUGGCCACUUCUUACGAGAGAGCAUAACGGCGAACACAGAGGCAGGUGUGCUGGUGAGGAGCUACGUAGAAAGAAGCCUGUUGGUGCCGGACCAUGUGAUGACCAGACUGAUGCUGCCCAGACUGGAACAUCUGAUUGGCCACAGCUGGCUGCUGGAUGGUUUCCCCCGGACUCUGGCUCAGGCCCAGGCUCUGAACAAUCUGUGUCAGCUCGACCUGGUCAUCAGCCUCAACGUCCCCUUCGAGACCCUGAAGGACAGACUGAGCGACCGCUGGGUCCAUCCAGCCAGCGGCAGAGUCUACAACAUGGGCUUCAACCCGCCAAAAGUCAAGGGUAAGGAUGACAUCACCGGGGAGCCGCUGAUUCAUCACGACGAUGACAAGCCAGAGGCCCUGAUGUCCAGACUGAGACACUACAAAGACGUAGCCAAGCCCGUCAUAAACUUGUACAAGUCACAAGGAAUCCUGCACUCGUUUUCCGGUACAGAGACAGACCGGAUCUGGCCUUACAUCAACUCUCUGCUCAGCACCAAGAUGCACACACAGCCAGCGGACGCCGUCCAAACGCAGACACCCUGACACCCCUCUGAAUGAAAGGACCACAGUGGGGGGGGGGGGGAGACAUCGACAAGCAGCCGGAGGACGCCGAAUGAUGAUUCUUCUCCAAUCGCUGGUGACAACUUUCACUUCCCUCAUGCGUAAUGAGGCGUAUACACAUAUGGGGGGAAAAAGGACGAUGAUCAAAACUGUUGUCAUCCAACUUGUUUUUAUAUGUUGGUUGGUUGUGUGUGCAAAUAUUUCAAGAGCUUUAUUGAUUGUGUUUAUUUCUGUUAUCGUAGUGAAAUGUUCAGAUCCUCCUAUGCCAUAUCCAAAACUAGUGUUUCUAAAUUAUGCAAGCGUUCACUUAGUCAGCAAAUUCUUCACCUUUUUGGUCCUUUUUUUUUUGUUUCUGUUCUAACUCCCAAAAAAUUGAAUUAGGCUAGUUCAGGAACGCUGCAGUAAAAAAACUGAAGGCUUAAAGCGUAGAAACUCAAAUUGUGAAGUAGGAAUCACUUUUAUUUUGCUGUCUCCAGUGGCACAGAGAAUCCUACAGUCGGGACCAAAAUGCAGUGUCACACUCCACCACAUCCUAGAAAUGUAUUGUUGUAAAAGAAAACUUUAAAGAUAUCAGACAUAGGAUAAACUACAUUAACAGUCUGUUUUGUAUACAUUUGAUGAGUGGCACUUUAAAUUAGACUUUUGCAAAGAAGGAGGAAAUUUAAUGCUGUUAGUAUAAAGAAAUGGGCUACACAGUGUUCGAGUGAAACCUCUCAAUCAGCCUUCAAGCACAGUGUGACAUUCAGAAACUAGGGAGUUGUAGUUAAUAGUGAGCAUUGACAGAAUCACUGAGGGCAAUACUGACAUUAUGCAGAGAACCAAAAUCUUGUACAUGAAUCAUUUGGCUACAUUUUCCAAGAUUUGUAAUCCUGUGCGAGUCCUGAGUGCUGUGUAAAAUCCUGUAUAUAAGGCCUGUAAAAUCAACUGUUACAUAUGCAGAACCAGUUUUUUAUAUCUACAGUGUCAUCAGCUCAGCGUCUCUAGUUAUACAUCCAUCAGUUAGGUAAACAUGGUGCACUUUUUAAACUGCUAUUCUCCACUUUUGUGCUGGAUAUGCUGCAGAAUGUUACACUGUCUGCACUGACAAACACACAGAGGGAUUCCACUGGUGCUGGUACCUGCACUGCUGCUCACAGUCACUCUGCAUCUCGCUCUGUGGCUGGGAUGAAGACCAAUGCACAGAAUAAAAAGAGUGCCUUCAACGUCGUUACAUUCCUUUGAAAUGUAUACAGUUGCCGUGAGAUUUGAAUCACCAACAUGUCACUGAUUAUUGUGUGUAUAUAUAUGCUUUGCAAUGUCUGUUCAACUUUAAAGUCUUUCUAUGUGAUUUUUCACACUUAAAUAUAAUAUAAAUCAAGU